UCACCACAUACGUUAAAGACACACAAGAAUUACUAUCAAAUUAUGGAUACUGAUAGUAUACCAGUAGUCAAUGAUCCCCGAAACUUUCAGAAUGAUAUAGAUAUAAAUAAUAUACCGACAUCUGAUGAAGAUGUGAGGGUUCAAUUAAGGAAAUUAGGUGAGCCAAUAACAUACUUUGGAGAGAAGGCAUCAGACAGAAGACAAAGAUUAAUUAAGAUUGUACGUGAAUUACCAAGAGAAGUAACGGCAUUCGAUUACGAGAUUGAAGGAAAUGAAGAAAUAGAUGACAUUGAAGAUGAAGAAGAUGAAGAUGAAGAAGAUUAUUUUACACCAGGAACUCAAGAUUUAUAUGAAGCCAGAAUAGAUAUUCUUAAAUUUUCAUUAAAUAAGGCAGCUAAGAGGAAUACAGAUUUAAAAGUUCAAGCAAGAAAUCAAGAUUUAAUUAAAGUAUUAAAACAUAGAAGACAAAUUAAUGAAACUCUAGAAAAAAUUGAAUUAUUUGGAACUCAAACAAUCCCAAGAAAUACAAGAGCAUUAUCAUCAGUUAGAUUUUCAAAGGAUAACAAUUAUAUUGCUACAGGUUCAUGGGAUGGAUCUAUUACAGUUCUUAACAGUUCAGAUUUAUCAAUAAAAGCUUCACAUGAUGUGAAAUAUCAUACAGAUAAGAUUAGUGGUCUAGAUUGGGAUAUUUAUUCUGACAGUAAUUUAUUGCUUUCUGGAGGUGGAGAAGGAAAUAUCUAUGCAUGGAAAAUAGUUGAUGAUGAUGAUGAAAAAGGUGGUAGUAAACUAAUACCUCAGAUUUCAAUCAGUCAUGCUCAUGAUAAUAGAAUAACAAAGACUUUAUUUCAUCCUAAUGCAAAAUAUUUUGCAUCAUUAUCAUUUGAUCAAACAUGGAAAUUAUGGGAUAUCAAUAGACCAGAGACAGAAUUAAUUCAACAAGAAGGUCAUUCUCAAGAAGUUUUUGCAGGAUCUUUUCAUCCUGAUGGUAGUUUAUUAGCUACAGGAGGUUUAGAUGCUAUCGGUAGACUUUGGGAUUUAAGAUCUGGUAGAUCUAUUGCUACAAUUCAAGGACACAUAAAAGGUAUCUAUGCAAUGGACUGGUCAUGGAAUGGAUAUCAUCUUGCUACUGGUAGUGGAGAUUUCUCAAUUAAGAUUUGGGAUAUUCGAAAACUUGAUCAUCUGAAUUCCGAAUUAUUUUCUGUUCCUAUUCAUAAAAAAAUAGUAAGUGAUAUUAGAUUUUUUAAUAGAAGACAAAUUGAUACCUUAAGUAAAGAAGUUAGUGGAGAAUUUAAUGAGAAUCCUCAAGUAUUAGAUUCUAAUGGUACAUUCUUAGUAACAUCAUCUUAUGAUGGAACUCUUGCUAUAGUAUCAUGUGAUAACUGGGUAAGAGUUAAAACUCUUUUAGGACAUAAUGAUAAAGUAAUGAGUUGUGAUAUAAGUGGAGAUGGUAAUAAAAUCGUUAGUAGUGGAUGGGAUAGAUCUGUAAAAUUAUGGAGUUUAUAGAAAAAAAACAAAAUGUACUAAUAGAGAGCGCAAAAUAAUUCCCGAACAAAAUAUACGAGUAAAUGUAUUUCGAAG